AUGGGCUCUCUCGUGGCUACAACAUCCACCUUUGUUCUUAAAUAUUCUCGCACAGAAUGGACGCGUGAGAGCAUCAUUCACACGAUGGUAGGCGACUGCCGCUGGUGGUCACGCUUCGCAUCCAAGUGUGAGAGCCUACUAGUCUCCAAGUCAGGAAUAUUCUGUCGCAGCAAUGACCUUAAGUUGCCCGCCAUGCUUCCGAAUAAAGGAUGCGCUCAACUACUAGCGCCGACAUACGCGCCACAUGAACGCCUCAUCCAAGCUGCUCAUCAGCCUGAUAUCGUCCACAAUUGGUCAUAG